GCGACCUAAGGGAUACCUCAUUUCCGUAAAUGAAGCCUGCUGGUGCUCAUGUAUCCACUCUGAAAUUAUUGCUGGGCAGCUGCUUGCUCUGGCCCUCAGACCCACUCCCGCUCUCUGGCACGCCACGGCCGGCACAUUCGCUGCAGAGGGAGAGGACACCGAAGGUGUUGUGAUGUACCGCGUAAACGUCAUAGAAGUCAGAGUUUGGCUUCGGAUCUUGCCUGAUUUGCAUCGGCCCUUACUUGAAGGACGGCGACGGUGGGAAGGGAACAGUGGACGAUUGGUGCCCCUCACCGCCAUAGUUUUCCUGAUGUCCAGAGACCAGAAGUCCGCCUCGCUACUCAUCUUUCCAUGCUCCAACCUCCGGAAGACGUCAAAAAGUGCUCCGCUGAGCAGUCUCCAGGUAGUUGAAGAUCAGCUAAAGAUAUGUGGCCACAAGAGGGAUGCUGAUGUCUUCGAGCUGUUCCUCUCUAAAAAGGACCUGACUGAGGUUAUUGAUCUUUGUAGAUUUAAAAAUUUAAAAUAUUUAUGGCUCCAUCAUAAUAAGCUACAGGGGAUAGCAUUUUUAACUAGAAACUAUUGUCUGACAGAAUUGUAUCUAAACAACAAUGCAAUAUUUGAGAUAGAAGGCCUGCAUAAUCUGCCUUCAUUGCAUAUUCUUAUGUUGCACCACAAUGAGCUAACCAGCAUCGACGCUACGGUGAAGGAGCUGAAGGGGAUGCAGGAUCUGAAGACCCUAAGUCUGUACCAAAACCCUUUGUCCCAAUAUAACUUAUACCGUUUGUAUAUAAUCUACCACCUUCCAGGAGUGAAGCUGCUUGACCGGAAACAAGUUACAGAGAAAGAGAGAAGAUCCAUGAUUACCAUUUUUGACCAUAAAAAAACUCAUAUCAUUCAAUCAAUAGCAUUUGGAGGAAGAGUGGAUGCCUCUUGGAACCCCAAGUUACCAAUAAGGCAAAAACGAGUUCAAAGACUUCCCUCAGAUUUCGAAUUUGGGGAUAAUGUUGACAAGACAGUGUUUGAUGACCCUGAAGAUGCUGUGUUUGCAAGAUCCAUGAAGAGGUCAUUGAUGGCCAUUACCUCUAUGAACUGGGACACCGUUCCAACACGAAAGGAAAAGUAUGAAGAGGAGAAGAUGGCGAAGUUUCCCCAAAUGGUCAUGAUAUCCCUGAGAUAACAGUACUUCCAAAAAUCCUCGGGCUGUUCAGUUGUAUGUUAAAAUGUCCCCAUGACUUAGCACAUUACACAUUUACUGCAACCUGGAGUUUAUAAAUAGGACAAUCAGUGAUGGGAAAAUGAUUCCUACACUAUAGGCUUCUUAAUGCAAAGCUGUUAUUUGAGUUACCAUGAAUAUAGGAAUGUAUGCAAAUUCUAAGUGUAAAACUCAACACAUAUCCUCUAAUAAACAAGGUCACGUAA